GACUAGGGAACCAAGAAUCGAACCCGGUCAAUUGUGUGUGGGGAGCAAACUCACGAAUCAACCGGAUUAACCUUGGGGAGAUGCAAUUAGAACUUUGUUCACAAAAUAUUCUCUCUUUGGGAAUUACCAAAAUAUAGAUAAAAUACGGUCUCUGGCUUAGAUGAACACACUGAUUGUGCUUGAUUUUACGCCUUUUCUGUUAUUGUGGCUUCCUAUGUUAAUACCCUCCUUUUGGCACACUUUUUAAGAUUAAUUUGUGCAUCAAAACCAAGGAAAGCCCUCAUCUUGGAGGGCACCGGGUCACCGGUACCGUAAGAAACAUUUGCACAAUCCUGGAAAUUGCACUGUAAAGGAGGUAUGGAGGCACUUCGGUGCUGGUCAUUUGACAUCCAUCUUGGAGCACUCUAAGAUGGAUGUGAGCAUUAGAAGAAAGAAAAGAUGAUUUUCAUCACUGCUUAGCUUUUAUGACAUUUAUAUGUUACAUAUCAGGUCAUUAGUGGCACUAAUAGCUGUGUUUUUGCAUAGACAAUAUCUCGCAGAUAUUUUGGUUUAUUUAUCCACAUUAUAAAUUUUGUGUGUGCAUUGAAUGUGCAUAACAUGGUUUGCCCUACUAUAUCGUACAUGUAUGUCGCCUAUAUGAUUGUGUUGUCAUUGCGCUGUUAUGUUCUGGGAGAUAUAUGAAGGUUGUGCUUAAGAAAAGAGAAAAAUAUGACCCUCUGCGGUUUUCAACUGUGACAAACUUUAAUUUAUGUAGCUAUCUACUCGAUUUGAUUUCUAAGGAAGUAGAAAUCUGGAAACCCAUGAUUUGCACGUGCCCAAGAAUGUCAAAAUAGCAGCAUUUUGAUUUUAAAAUGCAUAUCAUGUUGUUUUGUAACUCCAGAAUAUCUGUUUACCCUAGAAAAGUAGAAAGUGACGAUAAAAUAUGAUGUUCUACUUCCUGUUGUCACUUAGUUGUAGAUUAUAUCUCUGAAGUCUGAUCGUUGAUGAAUCAGAAGCGUUUGUUUGCUGAGUCUACUGCUGACUGCUGAACACAAAUUUUGAAGCUUAGUCUCUCCUUCCACCCUUGCCUUGCCUGUACUUAUUAUAGAAGAGAGUUCAAAAGCUGAAUUCCGUAGGGAUGAACUACAACCUAAUCCUAAAAUCAUUAUUUUGAAUGGUAGGGCGAGCAGCAUUUGCAUUAGAUUGAUUUUUACAUGCUUUAUGGAAUUGUGAAGAUGGUUUUGUGUCAAUUUACACCUAUUCCGCUUGGAGUUGUAAGAGCCAGGCUAUGGAUUUGACACUUUUAAGUUUCUUAAUGUCGUCAUCAAUUUCUUGUUGACAUUCUGGACUCUCAAUCACUUCCCAUCUGUUGUGGCAUAUCAUGCUCAGUCAAGAGCAGUAAAUGUUUGAUCUUAAUCAUAGUUUAGAUGUCAAAUAAAUAAUGGCGUGCAAUAAGGGUCUUUUCUUUGCGCUCAGCAUGGUUGGCUGCACAAUGGGGUGCCCCUUGCACAACCUGUAAUCCCCCUAACUUGGGUGAAGACAUGAUCCAAUUCCCAAGUCUUUGGACUUUACCAGACAUGGAUUUGUGGUCACAGAAAUCAGUUCAGAAUCACUAAUUGACACCCAUCCACUGCACACAGACUUGAAUGGCACAUCCACUGAGUUUAACUUCCACUUGCCUCCUCAAAUUUGGGUUGAUUCCAAGAACCAUGAUUCCUCCGAGAAUAGGUGGGACACGUGUUUCGAGAUCCUCAAUUGGGUUAUUUCGUAUCCGAGCUGUGCAAGAUAAUGAUAGGCCCCGGCGUCUAGUUGACAUUAUUCGGUUAGUGCCGGAGAUAUCAAGGAAUUACUUUAGAAGUCCUUCAAGGAGGGCGCUUUUUGGGGGAAUCUCCUUGUUGGGUGGAUUUUAUGUGGCGCAGACAAUCUCUCUGUCGUUUGGAGCUUUGGGAGUCAAUGAUGUAAUUGCUGCAAUCGUGUGCGUUCUCCUUACUGAGUAUGUGACAAGGUUCUAUUAUAGCCGGCCGAAGGUGACGUUCCCUGUUGCUCUCCUGAAUAAUUUCAAGAUGGGUUUCACUUAUGGUCUCUUCAUUGAUGCUUUUAAACUUGCUAGUUAGAUUGGAUUUUUAGAACAGUAUCUUCUUUUGUUGCUCUUACCCUUUUGGAAACAUGCUUGUAGAAUUAUACUGAGAUGGCACCAAAUGAGUUUGAUGAGUUCCUUGGUUCAAUUUCAA